CUUUCGCGCAUGCGCAAAAGACUUUAGCUGGCCGUGGUAAACAGACGUCAGAAGGGAGUCUUCGCCUCGAGUCAAAACAAAACAAAACAAAACAAAACAAGAUCCAUACGAUGAAUGAGUCUUGGAUAAUCUGAAUCGGGGUCACGACGGAAAGGAUUUGGAUCCAAACUACACCGGGAAACCAGCUUCCACAAGAAAAUCCGCUUUCUUCCACUUUUCCAGAGGGAUUGUUUUAUAACUAACCGGAGGAGUUAGCCAACUCGGUGGCUACCCAGUUUCUUCUCACGUUCAAACUUUGGUGUCGAGUUUUGUCCGGAUAGACGGAGCUCUUGAAAACUCGGUGUCCACAUGCGGGGCUGAAUUCUUACACUUUACGAUUAAAAGGAGUUCGGAGAUAUCGCUCGGAAUCGGCGAUCGGGGUACGGACGCAUUCGGCGUAGUUGCCGCGCGAGCAUCGUGCGUGCGUGCGUGUGUGUGUGUAGGAACAUGGCAGAUGGUGACACGCGCCUACACACAGCGUGUUGGAGCGAACACACUUGAACGACAGUAACACGAAGUGUUGUAGUUCAAUUCAGAUGGAAACAAUCUGGACUCAUUAGUUCAGUUUACUCAUAUUGACCCGGAAAAGGUUUGACUAUUCAAAUCUCCUACAAAACGUCGUGUACACGGCGCGUGCGUGGUGGCGAGGGUCUAGUGUGGAAGUACAGUACAGUACAGUACAAAAUAACCCAUUUACUCAUCUAAGUGACAUUUGAGCGCAAAAUUGGACCCCCGGUACCGUGAAAUGACGGACGAUUGGAUGAUUUGGACCUGCACGAUGCUGUGUGUGCAAUUAUUACCCAUUAAUAAAGUCGACCGGGGUUCCAGUCUAGUGGAUUUGGUUUUAAACGGCAUGACAGUGUGCCUAUAAAGUGAUGAAAACGAAUAUUUGGUUUACAAGAAAUGUUCAUAAUUGUAUCUUGCUGUAGUAAUGACUUGAAAGUGACUGAUCUCGAUUUUUCAGUAUAACCCGGAGAUCAAUUCAGGUGUGUGUUAGAUAUUCUAUUACAAGUUUACUAUUGGGUAUUUUUUUUUCUUCUCCAUUACAUGUUUUUUGCAGCCCUUUUUAUUUUUAAUUUUUUAGUCGUUAACUUCUAGCGAAGAUAUAUGUUUUAGGCGUAUUUCUUAUUAUCAUUUUUUAUUUAAACUUUAACCCUGGGAGUCAGUAGGUUGUAAUGGAUUCCUUGCUAUCUGUCAUGUGAAUUUCCUUUGUUCUUUAUGUAAACAAAGAGACCCACCUGUCAGUCGGAAGGUUUAUGACAGUUACUAUUAAGAAGAUUAUUUGCCCCAUUUAAUCUCCAAUCUGAGGAUUAAACAGCUCUGUAGAUAUAUAGUUGUGCGAUCGGAUUAUUACCGUUCGCUCAAUCCACCAGAAAAAAGAAACUAGAUCAAAUAUUCAAAAUAAUUUUUUAAUAAAUAUCGUUCCAAAUCAGCGAAACUUUUUGUAUGUCAUCUGCAUAACUUUUAACGAUCGAAAAAUCAUUAGUAAGUAAAAUCUUACGUUAGCUGCAAUACAGUUUUAGUUGGUUAAGAAUAGCAGGUACGUGGUGGUGGUUAGUUUCACGUUGUAAACCAACAGACUCUUUCUUGAAAUUGGAGUAAUUGCUCUCUACAAUGGAGACGGACAAUGCACCCCCGAUUGACCCAGAUUUCGAGCCGCAGAGCAGGCCGAGGUCCUGCACAUGGCCACUGCCUCGGCCCGACAUCUCAGCUGUCAAAGUGGAGGGGCCAGACGGCGCCGAGUCCGCCGCAGGAACCCCACCGGCAGAGGAAGAAAAACAGGAGCCACAGCCAAUCAUAUCUGAGCCCGAAAAAUCCGCCACCUCGGAGGGAGGAUUGAUUGCAGGAGUGGGCGGAGCUGCACCUCGAAAGGGUUCGUCCCGGCGCAACGCCUGGGGGAAUCAGUCCUACGCUGAUCUGAUAAGCCAAGCGAUUGAGAACUCACCGGAAAAGCGACUCACUUUGGCACAGAUCUACGACUGGAUGGUUAAAACAGUGCCGUAUUUUAAGGAUAAAGGAGACAGCAACAGUUCUGCUGGAUGGAAGAACUCAAUUCGUCACAAUUUGUCCCUCCACAACAAGUUUUUGAGAGUACACAAUGAAUCUACUGGAAAAAGCUCAUGGUGGAUGCUUAAUCCCGAAGGGGGUAAGACGGGAAAAGCACCUCGGCGCCGUGCUACCUCCAUGGACAAUAGCACUAAAUUGCUAAAAAGUCGUAUGCGGGCAAAGCAGACAAAGAAGCAAGCAGUAGCAGGUGGUGGUCCUGGCAGUGCUAUACAGAGUGAGGGUGUGUCUGGUGCAGGAAAUGCAGACAGUCCUGGCACUCCAGGACAGUUUGGAAAAUGGGGAGUGAACAGUAGCAGCCCAUCAUCACGUGGUAGCUUGGAUGACCAAGACAUGUGGACAAGCUUCAGACCACGUACUAGUUCAAACGCCAGUACUUUAAGUGGCAGGCACUCUCCAAUUCCCCCAGUGAAAGAAGAUGAAGAUGACUUGCCUGAAGAUGGACUUCUGAGUGGGUAUACCACUAGCGGUCUUCCACUAACACUUACUGAGACUCUAAUGGAGGAGCUGGACCUAAUUGAUGGGCUUACCUUGAUGACUUCACAGCAAGGCGGUGCAAGCCCAAGCACAGCACCUCAAGCUCCACCUACUCCAUUGCCGUCUGCUUCUACCCUUCUGCCCCGUGGGUCUAAUUUUGCUUCAUAUCGUCAGCUGCAGCCAGUUAAGGGAUCUCAAGGACCAUCCCAACCAGGGUCGCAGAGCUCUAUUCAGCAAGCUGGGGAGCCCAAUCCUAACUUAUCUAACUUUGGAAACUCCCUCUUUAACCCCCUGCCUGGUCCAGGAUCCCGAAGUGGUUUCAGUACCCAUGUGCCGUCCAGUCUUGAGGCACUCCUCACCUCUGACUCACCCCCACCAACUGAUAUCUUGAUGACUCAAGUGGACCCUCUGAUGCCCAGCCAGGGAGGUAAUAAUCUGUUGGGCCUUGGGGAACCCAUGUCUGGCAACCAAACCAAGGCUGGCCAGAUGAUGUUGGGUAAGAGUAUUGAACCUAGCCAGGUGCCGCAAAUGUCUCUUCAGACUCAAUCGCAACUGCAGCAUCAGCAGCACUCUCAAAUGAACUUUGGCAUGAUGCUGCCUGGCAUGGGCCAGGAACACCCACAGCUAGCAACUAUGAAGACCCAGCAUCAAAUGUCUGCUGGAGGGCAACUUCAACAUGGAGCUGUCCCUUCUGCAGCUGGGAAUGGUGGUUUGCAGGGGCAAUAUGGGACACCAGCUUGCUUUCUGCCCUCUCACGAUCGCCUGCCCACAGACUUGGAUAUUGAAAUGUUUACCGAGAACCUGGACUGUGAUGUUGACUAUAUAAUCAACAGCGACCUUAUGGAUGGAGAUAUGAUUGACUUCAACUUUGACCCCAUUGUACCAGGUGGGCAAAAUUACCCUGGGCCAGCCACCACACAGAGCUCAUCUCACAACUGGGUGCCCAGCUAAGGAUAGGUGCAGGUCAGCCCUUCAUCCCUCACCAAAUAGUAGAAUCUGACAUGGUGCAUUAAUUUAAAUGUCACCCCUUCAGUUUGUUCGCCUUCAUAUUUGCCAUUGUACCUCAAAUACAUAAACUGCUUUGGCUGAAACCUUUGGCCAAAAUUUCAAGACACAAAAGCAAAUCUUACACAAGUGCCAUCAUACACAGAGAAGUCAGCUAGGAGAAACCAGACCACCAGAAGAUUGGAAGUUGCUGUAGGAAAAAGGAGAGGUGGUGAAACACAACUAAUAAACUACUAAACAAGUUUAUUACAGUAAUGUCUAUUACUAACACCAAAGUAGAGCAGUGCUGAGAGGGACCUUUUUCUAGAUUCGAAGACACUUCUGAUUUAGCCAGCAGAAUCCAACAUUGCUGAUACUUAGAGAUCUUUCUCCACUGGUCCAGAAAAAAACAGAAUGGAUUAAAAAUCACCAUGCAAUUAAAAAAAUCACAAAUUUUUGAUUGAUCACUUGUUUGGAUCCUUUGAUCAGGUGAAGCACAAACUUGACAUAUGAACAUCUUCAGCAUUAAUCAGAGUUUGAAUGGGGACUGUUGCACCGAGCCCAGAACAUAAAUAUAUUUGGACACUUUUGUUGCAUUCGCACUCUCAGUGGUACAAAUUCUGCUUGUGUUUUGCUUUGGAGGCUGGAUAUUUUGAGGUGGUUGAUAAAGAAUAUUGUUAAUGCUUGUAGUUUAGCAUUUUAUGACUCUACUCAGGAAGAUGUUUUUUUUUUUCUUCUUCUUUUAAUGUCAUAAAGAGUGGGGGACUGAUCAUUGAGUGAGAUGAUGAUUUGUUUUUAAAUUGUUAACAGUAUGAAGAAAUGUGAUAAUACACUGGGCAUUUAGAUUUUACCAUGGAAUCUUAAAAAUUGGGUUUCUAUGGGUUUUACCACUAUGCCAACUCUGUCAAGUUGAAUGGCAUUGUGUAUCGAUAUGCCCAAUAGCAAGAUACUUAUAAUAUUUUGAAGGGUUUGCAUGGCUGUGUGCGUGCGUGCGUGUGUGUGCGCGUGUGUGAUGUUAAGUACUUAUAAGUGCUUAAAUUCAGUGUAGAUAGAAACAAUCAAAAACAACAUUGAAUACUUUCAUUCCAAGGAUGAAAGAAAUACUCCAUAAAAUGUGCCCUUACCAUAUAAGAUUCUGUACAGCAGCACAAAACCGGGGCACGUCUUAGUUUUCUCUGUGCGUGACUUAUUUUUCUUAUGUGGUACUAACGAUCUUUUGUAUAAAUUUGUUGAAAAGGAAACAAAGCAAAUAAGCGUACAGACUAAUUUUCAUGUUUGAGAUUUGGGAUAUAUUGUGAGAAAUUUUCAUACUAAUCAGAAAAUACCCUCUUAAAGGUGCAGAAACUAUUUUUAACGGUCUUUUUUCUAUGUAAUCUUUUUUUUUUAUGUAAAGGAUGAGAUGCAUGUAGAUUUUAUACAUAACCAAAGGAACACUAAGAAGAGCAUGUCAGACUGGGAUGGUUUGAGAGGAAAGUAUUGCAGCUUUUAUACAUGUGUGUGUGUGUGUGUGUGUGUAUAUAUAUAUAUAUAUAUAUAUAUAUAUAUAUAUAUAUAUAUAUAUAUAUAUAUAUAAUGUAUUUACACACAUACACAUUUUUUGAUUGCAUGGGUGCAGUUAACACCUUGCAAAUAAGAAAUUUGAAGAAAACUAUAUUUGAAGUAAAAAAAAAAAGACAUAAUGAGCCCUAAUACUUUGCCGGGCAAUUUAUAUUUCAUCAAAAUAUGGUCAAACAGUAAAGAUGAUAAUGCAAUGUCUAACUCUCAGGGUUUAAUAAAAGUCACUCAGCCAUCGGUGAAAAUGUACAGAAGUAUAGCUUAUGCUCCACUUGAAAACGAGAGGUUGUGUAACAAAUGCAUUCACUGAAAUUCAGUUAAAAUAGUUAUAAACUGCCAACAAACACUAGCAUGUUGCUUUAGAACAAAUCAUGUAUCUCUAUACGCUUUGUUUAUAUUUUUUGAUGUAGUUUUUCCUUUGAUUUUUGCUUUCCCUUUGUUUAUGUAGAUUUGAACUUUUGGUUUUAGAGCUGGAUAUUAUUCAUCAUUUAACGGUAAUAAUAUGAGUAUAUAUAUUAAAAUAUGAACUAACUGUUAAAGUGCUCUGUUCUUUCAGAGGAUGGUUGUUUCCUCCUGUCAGUUGGUGCUAGACAUGACAAAGCAGACUCUAUAUUUUAGAUAUAAGGGCCUUUAUUUUAUGCUGCACGUCUUCAGCACAUUUUUUUUUAUAAACCUAGAACAUAGAAAGAUAAACUCACCUUUAUUAAUCUGCAAAUAUUUUGCUACUUUUGUAGAUCCUAAGUAACUUCACUAGAAGCAGAAAUGAGAGAUUAGCCACUGAACGAGUCCCUUGACACACAUCAUGUGCAUUUCUUAAAAUCAAACAGUGUUACUUUGUUAAUCUUGAUCUGUAUUUUAAUGAACUGUUUACAUUCUUGCUCUCGUCUUUUGGGGGCUGUCCUUUGUUCCUAUAAAGUUCCACAUGUUCCACAUGUGUUUGGAUUAUAUGGUUAAAUCUUGGAUAUGAAAAAGAACAUUUGCACAGCUUGAGUGACAAACCAGGCAAGGUUUAGAAAAUUAGGCCUAAGUGCUGAAUUUAAAUAGGGAUGUCGUGUUUUCUACACUAUGAUCCCUUUAUGAUUGUUUGCUUCGAUUUUUAUAAAUGUGCUCUGAGAUAAAUAAAAACAUGCUACACAAAUUGCACACAAAAAAUAAAAAUCUAAAUGUAGCCUUCUGUCAAAACUAAUUCUAACUGUCCAGCUACUGGUGAAAAGAGAAAGGACUAACGGCCUUCACUUGAGUGGUUGAAUGUAAACAAGAUUGAAUUCCCAAUAGAGAGAGCAACAGGAGUUUAAAUAGACCUCAGAACACACCUCUGUCCCAUGCUUUCUCAUGUUUAAUAUUCAUUUCCUAUUUUUUUCCCCUGCUGUCCUGCAAAUGCCUGCUAAAUAUUCCAGUUGAUAAAACACUAUUGUUUAGUUGAUGGAUAGAUUGUGGUGGUGUUUUGGGGAAAGGGGGUCUAAAGCGCUUAGCCAGUUUACUAUAUGUGUAUUUCAUUCAUUUCUUUAUAUUGAUCAAUGUAUUUUUUUUUUCUUUCCCUGCUCUUCUUAUGGUAUCGUUAAGUUAGCCAGAGGUGACUGUGAAACCAGUCAUGAAUAUCUGAAAUAAACCUAAUCAGUUUAAA